CCUACUUGGAUUAUAGUAUUUAUUUUGAAGUGACUACUCGUAAGAAGAUGCAAUUUAUGUAACUAGGAGUUAUUCUUCAAUUCAAAACUGAGAGAAAUGGAAGAAGAAGAUACUUAUAAACCUUUGCCAGUAGGUUUAGUCAUUAAUCAGGAAUCAAAUGAGGAAACAAAGCCAAAUAUUUUAACACAACUUUCAGCUUUUGAGGACAUUAAUUCACAUGUAUCAAUAGUAUCAUUAUACCCAACUUGUGGAGAAUUGAAGCCUGAAGUGUUGUCAGUAUCUUCAAUAUGUGAGGAAAAGACACAAGAUAUGUCAACAUUAUUUUCUUUGGAUGAAGAGAAACCAGAUCUAUUACCAUUUUCCACUUCUGAGGACAGGAAACCAGAUGUAUCAACAUUUCCAGCUAUUGAUGAUAAGAAACCAGAUUUAUCAACAUUUCCCGCUUUUGAUGAGAGGGAACAAGGUGGAUCAUUUUCCGCUUCUGAAAAUUAUAAUUCUGAUGAUUCUAAUUUACAUUCAGAUUAUCUACCAGAUUCAUCGGUUGGUAAUGUAGAAGAUUCACUCAUGGUUCAUAAUGAUUUUAACAAACUCAAGUCAGUGCAUACAGAAUCCAUAGUACCUUUAUUUUUAAAUAAUAUGUUAAUUCAAAAAGAAAGAAAGACAUACAAGUGUGAAAUGUGUAAUCAAUACUUUGUGAGAUUUGAUCACAUGAUCCAACAUAUAAAAAUUCACACAGGAAAAAUGCAGUACGAGUGUAAUGAGUGUCAUAAAAAGUUUAUGCAUGAGGCUUUUUUAAAUAGACAUAGAAAAGCUCAUACUGGAGAUUUGUCUCAUGAGUGUGACAUCUGUCAUAAGAAGUUCUUUUCUCAACCCCUUUUGAAAAAUCAUAUUAAAGUUCAUUCUAGAGUUAAACAUGAAUGUGAUGUUUGUCAUAAAAAAUUUGUCCAUAAGCUUCGUUUAAAUAACCAUAGAAAUAUUCAUUCUGUUGAUAAAUAUGAAUGUAAUAUUUGCCAUAAAGUGUUUAAAGUUAAGUUUUAUUUACAAAAACAUCUGAAGCUUCAUUCUGGAGCUACAUAUGAAUGUGAUAAUUGUCACAAAAAGUUUAUUCUAUUGUCCCAUUUAAAAAAUCAUAGUAAAAUUCACAGUGGAGAAAAAUAUGAAUGUGAUAUUUGUCAUAAAAAAUUUGUUUUUAAAUCUCAUUUGAAAACUCAUAGUAAAGUUCAUUCGGAAGACAAAUAUGAAUGUGAUGUUUGCCAUAAUAGGUUUGCCCAUAAAUUUCAUUUAAAAAGUCAUAAAAAAAUUCAUUCAGGAGAUAGACAUGAAUGCAAUAUUUGUCAUAGAAUGUUUAAUCAUAAGUCUGAUUUAAAUAGACAUAGUAAAACUCAUUCUUUGGUAAGGAGAUAUGAAUGUCAUGUUUGUCAGAAGCAGUUUGUGUUUAAGGGUCAUUUGCAAAUUCAUAGUGAACGUCACUCUGGAGAUAAACAUGAAUGUGAUGUUUGUAAUAAAGAGUUUGUUUUUAAGGCUAGUUUGAAAAAGCAUAGUCAAGUUCAUUCUGGUCUUAAACAUGAAUGUGAUGUUUGCCAUAAGAAAUUUUUUUAUUUCUAUCAUUUAAUAAGUCACAGAAAAAUCCAUUCUUGAGAGGAACAUGAAUGUGAUAUUUGUCAUAAGAUUUUUAAUCAAAAGUCUUCUUUAAAUAGACACAGUAAAAUUCAUUCUGAAGGUGAACAAGAAUGUGAUGUUUGUAAUAAAAAGUUUGUUCUUGAAUCUUAUUUAAAAAUUCAUUGAAAAAUUCAUGUUUGAGAUUAAUUCUUUUAAGGGAGUAAUGUUUAUUUAUAACUUUCAAAUAAUCUAAGUUGUUCAAACAAGUUAACACAUAGUACUUAAUGUUUAAGGAAAUCCCUUCCAAUAUUACAAUUAAUAACAACAAAGAAGUUACAAAAAUUAUCUAUUUGUAUUUUACUUUUCUUUGUCAUGUUAGUUUGUAAGUCUGUACUUUAAGAAUAGCCUAUAUAUGUGGUUGUGGGUUCAUUUAAAUAGAACACUGAACUUUGAAAGCUUUAUUUACAUUGAGUUUGAGAUGAAAUUCAAUAAUAUAUCACACCUUCAACAUGCAAAUCUCACCCCUUAUAUCUCCUUCACAGUCUCUUACAACAUUUAAUGAGCAAAAUUAUGAAAAAAUAUGUGAUUAAUCACUCAGCAUGUUCAUCCAUUAACCAGGCAUUCUACAGUCACACAAACAUCACUUCAAACAUACGCUAUAUAAGUGCUGUAUGUUACAUAGAUAAACAAGUAAUAAAACAAAUAUAAACACCUGUAUAAUUACAAGUUUUUUAGUGUACUAACAGUAAGAAA